AUGUCAUCUUCUUCAUCUCCACCACAACUCACAGAGGAAAUUGGGGCAAUUGCAGACUUACGCAACAAAAUAUCAUUGACACUUGAAGUUGACGAACACACCAAUUCAACAUACACAAUAAAGAGAAACACCAAGCUACGCAAGUUGAUCAGGAUAUUUUGUCAAAGACACUAUCAAGAUAUCAAAACGUUGCGGUUCAUCUACUAUGGCGAGCAGAUUAAACCUACCGAUACACCAAAUACUCUACGCAUGGAGGAUAACGAUAGUAUACUAGUAGUUGGAUACGUUGAAGGUGGGUGA